AUGUAUUUCUUCGUCAUGGACCCUGCGUAUGACAGUUAUGAUCCGCAAGUUAGAAUGGCAGGAGGUGUUCCAGUUCAUUAUGCUAUGUCGGUUUCACAUCCCGCUGCAUCGAGCAGUGACUUCAAGAUAGACAUUGCUAAACUGCGUGCAAAAUGUUCGCAAAAGACAAAGAUGCUUGUGUUGAACAAUCCUAACAAUCCAACGGGUAAAGCUGUACUCUCGUGA